AGAUUUAGCGCAAUGGAGCAACACGAGCAUGUGUCCGCUUUGGCUUGUCGCUUCCAGGGAAUGCUUUAACGCGGUUAUCAUGAAACGUCUCGCGGGAGAGCACAGCACUGGAAUUUUUACGAGAGAAUGAGCGAGUCUCGCGCAGUUAAAGAUUUGGCAACGCCGAUCUCCAGAAAGCACCGACUCAUGGCCGCGGUCCUUCCCGGGGAUGAGAGCGCGCUGACCGGCUGCGGUGCCCGAUCGGAGCAUAACGGUAUCUGCCUAGUGUACUGUUUCAUCUGCGGCGGAGGAGUCACUCCCGGAAAGGAACUGAAGCUGCAAGUGAAACAGCAGCGAGAGAACCUUCCUUUUUUCCCGUUUCUGCAGCACCAAGAGCCGGCCCCUGGGGCCGAAGAGGUGUCCCCCGAUGGGUGCGUCUUAGUUUGCGCCGUUUGCCAGUGUUUUCUCGGGGAGCAGUGGAACUCAUUUGAACGGAGCAGGACGCCUAUUGAGAAGCGCAUGUACUGGCUUAAGCGCCCCUACCAGUGCGACUCGAGGAGGGUCCCGCAGGAGUGGAACAUUUCUUACGACCAGGAGAGGAGGAUCAGCGUGAGUAGCCAGCACUUUGACGCGCCCGAUUCGGACUUGUCAUCCCUGUCGGAGAACGAAAACGUUUCAGAUCAGGACAUUGAAUCCACAGAGGGGCCAGUUUCGGGCAGAGAGAAGAGCGCACGCCACUUCGGCAGGGUUUUAAAAGAGGGGCAGUUCCGGGGCGACGAUGAUAAGAGCCAGUCUGAUGUCCACGUGCGCGGCCGCUACUUUAUGGAUGGGCGCCCGUCUGACAUUGCAGCCUCGGCAAACCGCUCCUUGCAAGCACUGAAUCGGGCCACUCCGUCAUCUGGUUCGCUGGCCCAAGUCCACGACUUUAUCCCCAGGCGCUCUUAUGACAGUCCGCCUGCCCAAACACAUGCGCAGGAUAACGGGAUUAUUACGUGCAACAGGCAGUGGUUCCCCGAAGAGAAUGCUAGGCAUCCCGUUUGCCGGCAGCGCUUUGAGGACGCCAGCUGCACAGCAACGGACUCUUUGCCUUUACACAGCAGCACUUCCAAGCCCACGGCUGUUACUGAUCCACUCCCUGCAUUGUCACCUGUCGACUCCUCGGGUUCGGGCGAACGUCUCAACAAGGGGGAGCCGAGUACGUCUGACAGUAAUCACUUAGGCUAUAGUGAUUCAGACGAUAACGAAAUAAACAUUACCAGUGAUGACGACCAAGAAGUGUUUGAAGCAGUUAAGGGCAGAGGGCACGUGUUAGCGCUCAACAAGCAGAUACGCGAGUCAGGCAGCGUCAUCUCAGCCCCGCGGGGCAGCUCAGCAGUCCCGGAGCGGGUGUGCUUUAUAUGCGGAAGUGUGCUGACGCAGAAUAACCAGCAUAAGGUGUUUGUGCAGAAGCAAGAGAGGACCUCAAGUGAGCCUUUUUUUCCUUUUCUGUGGCUCCACACUGCACCCCAGGGUGCCCUUCCCCUCAGCCCUGGUGGGUUCACCCUGGUAUGCUCAUGUUGCCACUCCUCACUCAUGCAGCAGUGGCAGAGCUUCGAGCUUGCCAGUGUGCCAAUUCUGCAACGCCUUUAUGUGGUGCCGCUGAACACAAGUACCUCAGGAGUUGCCCUCAGUCAAAGUCCGAACCACAAGUUGGACAAAACUGUGCUCCUUGAAGCCUGCUAUCUCUGUGGAGAAGACUGCUCCAAAGGUGUUAAAGUGGUCUACUCCAAGUGUUUCUCUGAUAACUCCAACAGUGUCAUGCACUUUCCCUUUAUUAACAUGCUCCCCUGCCCGCCUAAUGCCAGGGAUGAUAAGAAUGGCAAGGUUCACAGCUGUCUAACAUGUUUUAAUGUCUUGGAGGAGAUAUGGGGCGAGUACAAGGCAAGUGCAAAUGAGGCUCUGAUCACAUCUGUGAAUGCAUUUCUUAGUAGAUACCAUCAGAGUGUCACUAGAACAGCUGGUCAGGUCAGUUGCCUGAGUUACCAGCCAUCAAGGAUGGGGCACACCUCCAUUUGUUACCUGUGUGGGGCAGAUCUCUCAGCAGGCACAGAGUUCCAGCUGAAUGUCAAUCCACCGGGCCGCUGUGGAGAGAGGGAGCCUUUCUUUCCCUUUUUGACUGUCCACCCCCCUGCUCCCCGUGCAAAGCCUGCUGACUCCACCGGCUUGGUGUCCACAUGUAUUCUGUGCUACCAUGACCUGUUGAGUCAGUGGAUUCAGUAUGAAGGAAAAGCUGGCCAGCCGGCAAGCAGUCCCUGGUCUCGGCAAUAUGGUGUGGAGACAUUUGUGUGUUUCUUUUGCCGUCAGGAGAAGAGACGGUGCUUGGGCUUAAAAUCUGUUCAUGUUGCUCGGCUUCCUGUGUUUCUCUAUGCCCCAAGAGUUAGCAACACUUUGGUGGUGGAUGAUGGGAAAAAACUGACUAUUGGAUCAUGUGUGGAAUGUAAAGCAGUGGUAUUAGCUGGCCAGAAUAUGACACAGAAUUGCCUAUUGGAUGGAGAUUCCCCUCCUAGUAAGUACAAGGCUUUGCCUUCUACUCUAGAAGUGCCAUCAGGGUCCCGAAAAUUGACUGAGGUGCCAGUUCGCCCAGCUUUGGAGGAGACAGGCGAAGUAGCAAGGCAAGGAGGGCCUGGAGUCAGCACAGAGGCUUCUGUUGCCAUCACCGUGGAUGAAGACAGUUCAGACAGCCAGCCAACAAGCAUGAGCCAUGAGCCAAAGUCACCUUCGUUAGGAAUGAUCUCCGCCACAACUCGGACCACAGCCACAGUCAGUCCUCUCACCCCUUCCCCUAUUGUGCCCAAUGGAAGCCCUGUCACAAACAGCACCUUGUCUGUCCAGUCUGCACACUCAUCCAGUUUUGCGGCUGCACUGCGAAAACUUGCCAAACAAGCCGAAGAGCCAAGAGGAUCAUCAAUCAGCAGUGAGUCUUCACCAGUGUCCUCUCCAGCCACAAAUCACAGUUCUCCAGCCAGCACACCCAAGCGAGGUCCCAUGGGUCCAAUAAUCGUGCCGCCUGGGAGCCACAGCGUGCCAAGCACCCCUCCUGUUGUUACCAUCGCACCUACCAAAACCGUUAAUGGGCUCUGGAGGAGUGAGGGCCGACAGGCAGAAUCAGCAUCCCGGGGAAGCAGUCGGGAUCGUCUUGGCCCAGAAUCUACGUUGCAACAGGAAAAAGGUGGGCCUUCAAUUCCCACACACCUCCUUGGAAACCAUUAUGCCUUUGGACUAGCCCCAAAUGCAGUUGUGCAGGAUUCUCGCUUCCAGCCUUUGAACCUUCCACGGCAGGUUCAUCAUGUUCCAGAGGACUACCUCCGUAGCUUCAGGCCCUAUGGGGCUCACGAGGAACUCAGGAUGCCAUCCCUGCCACCCCUGGGUUUGGACCCAGCUGCUGCAGCAGCUGCAGCUGCCUACUAUCAUCCCAACUAUCUGGCACCACCGCCCUUCUCUGCUUACAGGAUGGAUGACUCAUUCUGCCUAUCUGCCCUGAGGCCUUCCUUCUACUCAAUACCAACACCUGGUUCCUUACCUCCACUACAUCCUUCUGCUGUCCAUGUGCACCUGCCUGGGGUGCGCUACCCUAGCGAGUUGUCACACUCUCUUUCUUUACAGUCUGAGCGGAUUUCGGGACUCACUGCAGAGCGGCUUCAACUUGAGGAAGAACUGCGACAACGUGAGAGAGAGCGAGAAAGAGAGCGAGAAAGGGAAAGAGAAAAGGAAAGAGAGCGUGAAGCUGAAAGGGAGAAAGAAAGGGAGCGAGAACGAGAGCGUGAGCGUGAGAAAGAGUUGGAGAGGGAACGGGAAAAAGAACGGGAACGUGAGCGUGAGGCUGAACGGCAGAAGGAAAGAGCCCGUGAAAAAGAAUUGCAAGCUUCAAAAGCCCUUGAGAACCAUUACUUAGCUGAUCUCCAGGCCCUGCGCGGCCAGUCUGCUGAGGACAGAGCCAAACCCGUUGAGAGGCUGACGCCAAAUAGGCCUGAGAAAAUCAAAGAGCAAGCACUGCCUACUCCAAAACAGAAUCAGCCAGGCCUCCACCAGCCCCCUGUGGCCUCUUCUCAUCACUCACUACCUAGUCUCAUAUCCAGCCAUGGAGGUUUCCUGCCACAUGCUAGUGCAGCAAGUGUUGGUAGCACACCCACAGGGGCCUUAGCAGCUUCUCUGCUACUACAACGCAACAAUGAAGAAGAGAAGUGGUUGGCACGACAGAGGAAAUUACGUCAAGAAAAAGAAGACCGCCAGUACCAAGUUUCUGAGUUUCGUCAGCAAGUCCUAGAACAGCACCUUGAUGUCGGGAGGACAAAUGAGGGUGAUCAACGGGCUGAAAGCCAUCGGCCUGUUACAAACCACCAUGAGCCAAACAGCCGGGACAUCCUGCAACAUCUAGGAGCCCCACCUCCCCUCAUCUCUCCCAAGCCACAACACAGGGAUCAUCCACCACCCCCACCUACUACACUAUGGAACCCUGCCUCCCUUAUAGAAAACAACUCAGAAGCACGAAGGGGCCAUGAAAGCAUUGCUCCUGGUCACUAUGAACAUAGCUGCCAAACAGUGCCCCUGUCUAAAGGAGAGAGGCAACACAAUUCUGAAAAGCCAGAUGAGAACAACAAGAGAAAAGAGACCGAGAAAUAUCCUGUGGUCCGAGGAUCAGGGUCCCUAGAGCCAGGGGGACAUUCCUAUGGCCCCUUUCUGGCAGAGCUGGAAAAGUCAACCCAGUCUAUUCUCAGCCAACAGAGGGCCUCUUUGCAUUUGCCUCACCAUUUCAGUGACUUGAGUACAUCGCAUAAAUCAUGCCCCAAUUACAGGAACCCACCGGAGUUGUUGCAGGGCCUGGACAAUAUGCUUGUUUAUGAUGAGUUUAUACAGCAGCACCGAAGACUCGUUAGUAAACUGGAUUUGGAAGAAAAGAGAAGAAGAGAAGCCAGGGAAAAAGGCUAUUACUACGACUUGGAUGACUCGUACGAUGAAAGCGACGAGGAGGAGGUGCGAACUCACCUUCGGCGAGUCGCUGAGCAGCCGCCACUCAAACUUGAUGACUCCUCAGAGAAGUUGGAAUUCCUUAAGAUGUUUGAUUUAACAACACACCAGCGCAAGGAAGAGCUGCUACAGCUGAAAAGAAGGAAAAGGAGAAGAAUGCUCCGAGAGAGGAGUCCUUCACCUCCUGCUGUUCAAAACAAAAGACAUACGCCUCCUCCCCCCCUGUUAAGCACUCGCUACACCGCUGACCAGAUGAACUGUGCCCCUGAACUUGAGGACAAAAAGAAGUUCCUCACAAUGUUCAGCCUCUCCCAUGUCAAUUCACAACAGAGGAAAGACAAUGAAAAAGUUGUAGAGCUACUGCAGGCAAUAAAAACGAAGAACGUAACACUAGAAUCCAUCAAGCAUGCUUCCCGCCCCGUGUGUAGGAGCCCCACUACUUCACAAACUGUGGAUCAGGUUGCACAUCAUCCAGGACAGGAAUCAGAAAAGCUAUCUACUACUUUGGCGCCUAUCCCACCUCUUCUAGAUUCUCAAAAGCAUGUAGACUCAAGUUGGGCUGAACAGAUGAAAACCUCAGAAGUGGCAAGACCAAAGGAAAGCCAUCCUGCACCUUUUAAUGUUGUAGACAAAGAAAAACCAAAUGAAGGGCAUGUUGGGAAGAAAAAUUUAAGUUUGCUUAGUAGUGUCCGAGCACCCCAUGUGACCAAAGAGGUCAACCAAAGCCUCAAUGGUAGGACUAAAAACUGGGAGGCAUUCACAGCUGAAGAGUUUGCUCACCAAUUCCAUGAAUCUGUUCUGCAGUCCACUCAGAAAGCCUUGCAGAAACAGAAGGGGACUACAACUGGACAAAUCACAGAGAUGCAUCAUAAACUGGACUCUUCAGUUCACUACAACAUUCCAGAGCUCCAGUCCUCCAGCAAGGUUAUGGUGCCCACGCCACAAUUGCAGCAAAAUGGCCAGCAUGGUACUAUACAGUCACGCAAGGAGUUGGCACAUGAGGAAGAGGAGGAUGAAGACUCUGAAGAUUUAGAGGAAGAAGAGGAGGAGGAAGACUUUCCACGACCAAAAUGGCAUGGAAUUGAAGCUAUUUUUGAGGCUUAUCAAGAGUACAUUGAUGAGCAAAGUAUCGAGCGGCAGGUGCUUCAGACCCAGUGCAGGAGGCUGGAGGCUCAUCACUAUAAUCUCACCCUAACAGCAGAGCAGCUCUCGCACAGUAUGGGGGAACUCGUGAGUCAAAAACAGAAGCUUUCGUCAGAAAAGGAGAAACUUCAAGCAGAAUUGGACCACUUACGAAAGUGCCUUGCACUACCACAGAUACACUGCUCUAGAGGUUAUUUCAAGGGGUAUCCCCCAAGGUGACAUCCCUCUACCCUGUGUCCCCAUAGUAGGAAAAAAAAAAAGUUUAUUUUAUUACUUGGAAUUAUUUAAUGAAAAAAAAAAUUCUGCAGAAGACUGAAGCUGCAACAAUGGAAACAAAUAUGUGCCAUGCAUGUAAACAUCCACUCCAUGACAGUUUGCCUGGUGGUGGACAUGGACCAGUGACACCAGGAAAUCCUCCACUGAAGAAAACGGCAAGUUUUGCACUCUUGCCAGUGUCAGGUGACGUGACUGUGAGCAGGCGUCGGUUGGAUAGAGCGCCCUCAAUUCUGUUGCCAUAGCAUCCUCAGGAGACAGAGGCCUUGAUUCUGAUGCAGUGCCGUCCGUCGUGGGUUGGGUUAGGUUUAGUUCUGCGUAAGAGCCAUGACACCACUUGGCAGUCUAACUGUGCAAUGUAAGCAAAAGAAAA